AUGCACUCAACACAGGUCGCCUUCGUCAUUGCCAACCUGUACACCCGCCCACUGCUGGCAGACGGGAGAGGGCUCAUCGGAUGGGGCAAGACCAUGUACCACCCCACGUGUGCAUUUGCUUGCCGUGGAGUCGUCAAAGGCUGUUCCCUUAUGUGCACACCAGGCCAUGACGGCGAAGUUUUUGGAAUGGGACAUUCGACCACGACAACACCACCCGAUUGCUACACGAGCGACCCGGCCUUCCUGCGCACCAUGGCACUCUGCCUGGACACCUACUGCCCAUUGACGGAUAACCCCACAGUGAGCCUGCUAGAAGACUUCUGGAGCUCUCACCUUGCAACCGGAACAGUGGGGGACUACCAGUGGCAGCCCAGUGUAUCAUACGUGAAUGCAGUUGCGGCAGCACGGAAGGACGAGGCUCGCGCUGGGAAUGGCAAUGGGAAUACCAUCUGCGAUACGAAGGAAGCACACGCAGCAAAUGCGCUGCCAACUAUAAAACCCAAACAGCAUCUGAAUGUCACGAGCUUCAUUGCCGAAGCUGACUGGCAGAAGCAGUACAACGGAAUGAUGUCGUUGGAGAUCAACGAAACAGGUCAUUCCACGUAUACCAUUACAGUCAUGCUCGUUGGGCUCUUCCUCCCUGUGGUUCUCUCGCUCGUUCAAUUCAUCCCUGGCCUGAGCCAAACCCCAGCUUGGGCGUCACUGAAUUCCAUGCUGAUCCACCCUGCUGUCUGGGGGAGGAUGCACCGCGAACCAGUCGCAAUCAAGGCUGGCGGUGGAAUCGUUCCAACGCGAGGCCAGUCGCUUUACAUUUCGACCAUCAGCUUUCUGAACAUCGUCUUCCUCUUGGCGCCGUAUCACAUGAUUCAACCGCAAAGUAGUUUCGCCUCGAGGGAAGAGCAGGAGCAGAGCAUCAUCGGCAACCGGGCAGGCGUUAUGGCACUGGGAAACAUGAUCGUUCUCUUCGUCUUCUCCGCGAGGAACAAUGUGCUGCUCUGGGUGACCGAUUGGAGCCACGGCACAUACCUACUACUUCACCGCUGGCUUGGCUACUGGACCAUCAUCCACACGGUCGUCCACUCGAUUAUGCUCCUCGAGUACUAUAAGAAGUACGGGGACUACGCCAUGGAGCAGGCCAGGCCGUAUUGGAUCUGGGGAAUCGUGGGUACGGUUGCAGUCGUGGCCAUCUGGCCAGCGUCGCUACCAAUCGCCCGGCAGAAAUUCUACGAGGCUUUCCUCGCCCUACACCACCUACUUGUCGUUCUCUUCCUGGUGGGGUUCUAUUACCAUAUCUGGUACUGCUAUACCUACAACUGGGGCUAUGAGAUCUGGGCCUUCAUCGCAAUCGCAAUCUGGGCCAUCGAUCGACUGUGGCGCAUUGCCCGCAUGGUCCUGCAAGGCGUUCGUACGGCUGUCGUGGCUCCCUUACAGGGAACUGACGGCGAGUACCUCCGCAUCGAGAUCAAAGCUGGAUGUUCUGGGAGAACCAUCCUUUUUUCCGUCGCCUCCUCCAUGGCCGCCGGCCAUGUUCAGGCACAACCCAAUGUCAUCAUGAAGCCUGCCAUUCCGGAUCCCGAGAAGUCUGUUCCCGGGCCGAAUGGAAAACUACUCGUGUCGUCCACGGAUGCAACAACAGCCGUCUCUGCCAUACUUCGAGCAGAAAAGCGCCAGUCAGUUUCGAAACCAACAACAUUCAUUGCCCGGAGCCUUACGGGCGUGACGGUGAGGCUUGCAGCUCGUGUGGCCGCCAGUGGAAGCCUGCUUCGGAUACCCGUUUUGCUAGAUGGAUCGUACCACUCUAAUGUCACAGCAGGAUUACCAGACUGCUCCUCUCUAAUCUGUAUUGCUGGCGUGGUUGGCGUCACAGGUGUCUUGCCUGUGCUGCGUUCCUUUCGCGUGCCACAGCGAGCUCGGCUGAUCUGGGGUGUCCGCAAACAGGGCCUCGUGGAGGGAAUGGCGCCUGAAAUGUCCCAACUGUCCAAGAACAUCAGUGUGAGCAUCUUUGUGGGGAAGCGAAUGGGCAUCGCCGCUGUACUUGGCGAAGGGCUGGCAGGGGAGGGCGAAAAGGGACCAGCAGGCAUUGUUGUAUGCGGACCUCCUGGCAUGGCCGACGAGGCAAGGGCAAGAAUAUCGGAGCUUGGAAGGAGUGGAGCAUGUAGGAAAUCCUUUGUGUUUGUGGACGAGGCUUUUAGCUGGUGA